AUGAGGAAGGAACUGUGUAGAAAUUUCCAGAGCGGCAGUUGUAGGUAUGGGGAAAAUUGUAGAUUUCUUCAUCCACAACAAGUUAAACCCAAUAAUCCCUAUGGGUUUGGUUCAAAAUCUAGAGAUCAACAACAACAGAAGAGCUCGAACCCUUUUGGAUUUGGUGUACAAAGUGGUUCUAAUGGAUCAAAUCAAUUCCAGCCUUUUGAUAAUAAAUGGACACGAACGCCUUCUUCAUCUGCUGGUGGUGGUGGUGGUGCUACUGCUCAGCAGACUGGUAAACAGACGCAGCAGGCAGAACAUAAAUGCACAGAUCCUGCAGCUUGCAAGAGGAUUAUGCAAGAAGAUUUUAAGAAUGAGAGACCCAUGUGGAAGUUCACUUGCUACGGUCACUGGAAACAUUUGCCUUGUGACAUUAGUGGUGAUCUCAGCUAUGAAGAGCUACGUUUAAUGGCAUAUGAAGAAGCUAAAAAAGGAAUACCUCUACACUCGAUUGUUGGGAGGGAGAGGAAUAUGCAGGAAAACAAGAUGCUCGAGUUUGAAGCCUUUCUGCGGAAUCCAUACAGAGGCUCUGUUGCCGUCAAUCAAAGCCCGUUUCCUGCAACCACUCCUAGUAUCUUCCCACCAUCUGGCCAGAUCAAUUCCUUUCCCACAACCACUCCUAGUAUGUUCCCACCGUCUACCCAGGUCAAUUCCCCUCCGGCAUUAUCUGGCUUCGAUCAACAACCCGCAUUCCCCAAUACCAAUGUUGGUGGAGUCAGUUCAUCUGGACCUCCAAAUCCCUUUGCAAGGUUUAAUCAACAACCAAAUGCUUUCAGCGUCAACACUCCUCAACCGGUUCCUUCAGGUCCUUCUGGUUUUCAGAGUAACCCAUCAACAAUAUUUAAACCAGCAUCGUUUGGACCUGGACCCGGUCUCGCCGCAGCUCCCCAAAACAAUAACAUCUUUCCUUCAAUAACUCCAACUCCAGCUCCUAACACUUCCCAGAACAAUCAGAAUGCAUUCAACUUCAAUACCCCUGUUGCAUCUUUCCCUUCUCCUGUUAUAGCCACAACCACCAAUACAUCUUCCGGAACCGAGCUGCAGACAGAAGUUGCUUCUGUUGAUACUAGCAUCUGGUUAAAGGAGAAAUGGAAUCCAGGGGAGAUUCCGGAGCAAGCGCCGCCUGAAGCCUUUGUAUAA